AUGGCUACGGUAAAUCCAUUUGAUCUUCUGGGUGAUGAUGACACCGGAGACGUGAGUCAAUUAAUUGCGGCUCAUCAGCAGAAGGCUCCGGUUUCGGCUCCAGCUUCAGCCGCGGACAAGAAGGCUCCGGCUCAAGCCCAGCCGGCUAAGCCCGCCGCUAAGCUUCCCUCCAAGCCUCUACCUCCUGCCCAGGCUGUGAGAGAGGCCAGUAAUGGAGGUCCGCGUGGAGGAGGUCGUGGUGCUGGGCGUGGUGCUGGUCGUGGACGCGGAUUUAAUCGUGAAUCUAUGGAUGAAAAUACAUUUGGAAACAAUGGAUAUUCUGGCAGGCACAGAGUUUCCGAAGAAGGAGAUGAUGGCAAGCCCUCUGAAAGACGUUCAUAUGGUGGACCACGGGGAGGUGGGGGUUACCGUGGUGGUCGCCGUGGCGGUCUCAGCAAUGGUGACACUGUGGAAGGUGAACGCCCUAGGAGGGCAUUUGAGCGACACAGUGGGACUGGACGUGGGAAUGAAUUUAAACGUGAGGGUGCUGGUCGAGGAAAUUGGGGAAUGCCCACUGAUGAGAUUGCUCCGGAAACUGAAGAACCUGUUAACGACGGAGAGAAGAAUGUUGAUGCUGAGAAGCAAUUGGAACAAGAAAAUGUUGGAGAUGCCAAUAAGGAUACUUCUGUGCCUGAACAAGAAGAAAAAGAGGAGCCUGAGGAAAAGGAGAUGACACUGGAGGAGUAUGAAAAAUUACUAGAAGAGAAGAGAAAGGCCUUGCUGGCAAAUAAAUCUGAGGAAAGGAAGGUUGACUUGGACAAAGAGCUUGAAUCCAUGCAACUUCUGUCCAACAAGAAGAAUGACGAUGAAGUCUUCAUAAAAUUGGGUUCUGAUAAGGAUAAACGUAAAGAGGCAGCUGAGAAGGCCAAAAAGUCUGUGAACAUAAAUGAGUUUUUGAAGCCUGCUGAUGGGGAGAACUACUAUCGACCUGGUGGCCGUGGUAGGGGACGUGGCCGUGGUAGAGGUGGAUAUGCUGGAAACAGUAUGAACAAUGCGCAAGCCCCAUCUAUCGAAGAUGCUGGGCAUUUCCCUUCCUUGGGUGGGAAUUAA